CUUGAAAUCUGACAGAAAAUUGACUUCUCUGUUGACCAACAACUACAGGAGGAGUUAACCUGCAGCAGAAUGGUUAAUCUUCUCUGGUGGGAGUCACAGGCUUCAAAGUGCUGUCUCGCAAGCUCCUCUAAGCCAGUCUGGACUUUUCCUAAACGGAGCAAAACUUGGAGCCAGAGAUGAAAUUGUCUGCUGUGUCCAAGAAGCUGUGGUGCGUCCACAAGCAGCUGCUGCUCCUGCUUGCUCCACUCGUGUUUCUACCUUUACUUUUUACUCUGCCAGAAAAGGAAGGAAAAUGCCUUUACGUGAUUCUUCUAAUGGCUACAUUCUGGUGUACAGAGGCCCUGCCUCUGGCUGUUACAGCAAUGCUUCCAGUUUGCCUCUUUCCGACUCUGGGAAUCCUUCCAGCCAAAAAAGUCUGCCCUCAGUACUUCAUUGAAACCAACUUCCUUUUCCUUAGUGGACUAAUAAUGGCAUCGUCCAUUGAGGAGUGGGGUCUGCACCAGAGAAUAGCUCUAAAAGUCCUCAGCAUUGUUGGAGUGAAACCAGCCUGGCUCAUCUUGGGAAUGAUGUUGACCUCAUCCUUCCUUUCCAUGUGGCUUAGCAACACCGCCACAACAGCCAUGAUGCUGCCUAUCGCAAGUGCCAUUCUGGAGAGCCUGUUCGGUGACCUGGAGACUCUAAAGCAAAAGUGUCAAUCACUAGAUGAUCCAGAGAGUUCUUUGAUUAAUGGCCAGUCGUCCGUAAAGCUGCAUUCACUGCCAUCCGUACCUUCAGAAAAACAAAUAUUGUCAAUGGAUGGGCCGGAUGUUCUGGAGCAGACCGACCUGAAGACAGCUGAAGAGAUCAAAUCGGAGGCUCAGUAUCAGAUGAAAGUGUGGAAGGGGUUUCUCAUCUGCAUUCCCUAUGCGGCCAGUAUCGGAGGGACGGCCACGCUGACGGGAACUGCUCCAAACCUGAUCCUGAUUGGACAACUGAAAAGUUAUUUCCCAGACUGCGACCUCAUCAACUUUGGCUCGUGGUUUGCAUUCGCCUUCCCCCUCAUGCUUCUCUUCCUGUUUUUGGGCUGGCUUUGGAUUUCUUUUCUCUAUGGGGGCUUAAAUUCAAGGUUGUGCUUCAAAAAGCAUGACUGCAGAGCGCAGGCAGAGGCCAAAGCCAAGGCUCUAAUAAUAGAAGAUUACAAAAAACUCGGGCCCAUAAACUUUGCAGAAGGAGCCAUCUCUUUCUUUUUUGUAUUAUUUGCUGUCCUGCUGUUCACGAGGGAUCCCAAGUUUGUCACCGGUUGGUCUGUGUUUUUCAAAAAAGGGUAUGUCUCAGACGCCGUCACUGGCGUGAUCAUUGUGUCCAUAUUGUUCUUCUUCCCUUCGCAAAAACCUUCUCUGAGAUGGUGGUUCGAUCCACAAGCUGCAAACACUCCUUAUGUUCCCCUUCUUUCAUGGAAAAAAGCCCAGGAUUCAGUUCCCUGGAAUAUCAUAAUGCUCCUUGGCGGGGGGUUUGCCAUGGCCAAAGCUUGCGAGGAGUCCGGUCUGGCCUCCUGGAUUGGAGGCCACCUCCAGCCGUUGGCUGAAGUCCCUCCUGCUGCAGCUGUGAUGCUGAUCACGGCCUUUCUGGCCUGUUUUACUGAGUUUGCCAGCAACACUGCGACAAUUAUCAUAUUUCUGCCUGUCAUUGCUGAACUGGCCAUGCGUGUCUCUGUGAAUCCUCUGUACUUCAUGAUACCUGCAACGGUUGGAUGCUCUUACGCAUUUAUGCUGCCGGUUUCCACACCACCAAACUCCAUAGCCUUUGCAUCCGGACAUCUCAUGGUCAAAGACAUGGUAAAAACUGGCUUUGUCAUGAACAUCCUGGGUAUCCUCUCCGUCUCAUUGGCUAUGAACACUUGGGGUGUCGCCAUGUUCAACUUGCACAGUUACCCAGAAUGGGCUCACCCUGUUAACAAAACUGCUAUUGCUCUUGUACCCUUCUCAUCUGUGCCGCCGCUCAACGCUACACUUUGACUGCGCUCCUAUUGGUGAAUAAACACUAGUGUAUGAGAUUUAGAAUAUCCAUCAUUAAACAGCAACAAAAGUCUGAAUUUGUCCCAAUGCUCCAAGAGCUUCAGCUGUUACUGGAUUUUAAAAACGUACUCCAAUGUAAUUGUUCAUUCCGUUACCAUUUUGGUCUCUCCAAGGGUUUCAAAAAGCUUUGGAGGUCAUUUUUCUUUUUUUUUUUCUUUUUGAUCUCAUAAAUGGUUUCAAUUUUACAAAGCUUUUGACAGUUUGUUUAAAAAAUCCCUCUCAUUGCUGUUUGGUGUCAUUUGUGUUACUUCAAGGCUGACCUCUGCUGGAUGGACAAGAGGAACUAUUGUGAAUAACUAUACAUAGACUUCUGGAUCAAAUGAGAAAUCAGUAAACUUGUUUUUUAAUUGUAAAUUAUAUGUUACAAAGCCCUGACAUCAAUAUUUGAAAGAAACAUAAGCUGAAAUUUGCUUUUAAUGUGACAGUUGCUGCUGUAUGUGGUAGUCUACAAGGUUUGCAAUCACUGUACUAAAUAAAUGUAAAUUGUGAAAUUAA